CGACGCGCGUCGCGCCGCGCGUCCGGGACGCGUCGCGAUGACGAGCGAGGGCGCGACGACGACGACGACGGCGGCGGCGGCGGCGACGCGCGAACCGCGGGUCGGCGAGAAACGCGCGCGACGCGACGACGACGACGACGAGGCGAACGGGCGACGCGACGGUGGGAAGACGACGACGGACGACGAGCGCGGCGGUGACGACGCGCGCGAGGACGGGAAAACGAACGAGGGGAAGACGAACGACGUCGCGAGCGAGGACGCGGCGAAAGCGACGACGAGCGGGUUCGGGAGCGCGCUCGCGAACGCGGGCUUCGGCGGCUUCGGCGGUUUGAAGAGCGCGGCGGCGAGCGGAGGGGGAUUCGGAGGGUUCGCCGCGGCGAGCGCGAGCGCUGGAACGGGUGGAUUCGCGUCGAAAGCGGCGACGCCAGUGUUCGGUGGCGCGGUGGCCGCGCCCGUGGCGCUGUUCGGGGCGGGGAAGAAGAAGGAAACGACGACGGAGGAGGACGAAGAGGGCGACGACGACCCAGAGCGCGAAGUCGCGAACGAUUCUAUCAAGCCAGUGGUGGAGUUGGAAGUCAUCGAGACGAAAACUGGUGAGGAAGGUGAAACGUGUGCGUUUCGCACCGAAGGCGCGCUGUUUGAGUACGUCAACGACGCCGAGAAUGGGUCGCGUUGGGUCGAGCGCGGCCGAGGAGACGUGAGGCUCAACGAGGGUGAAAACGGCUCUCGACUCGUCAUGCGAGCUAAGGGAAACUUUCGUCUGAUGCUCAACGCGGCGCUUUUCAAAGGUCAAAAGUUUCAGUUGAUGGAAGGGGGCAAGGGGGUGUCGUUUACGUGCGUAAACGCGGCGUCUGGUGCCGACGCAAAGAUGAGCACGUUUGCUCUGAAGAUGCGCGCGGCGGCAUCAAACGCGCAAUCUCAGGCGGAGAACUUUCACGUAGCCGCGAAGAAAGCGAUCGAAAAGCUAUCCGAAGAAACACACAACUAACUACAACUAGUCUACUAGCGAGUGCAAUAUACUUCUACGUUUGU